UAUGAAAGUCUGUCUAUCGAACUCCUUAUUGGGAAGAAGGAAUCGCUGCUUUCUUAUGGAGGGCUUAAAAUUGGCAACGAGAAAUAAUAUAUAAGCCAUAUAAUUAAUCUGGUUCCGUCUUCUCUUCUCAUUUACAACCACAUCUGGUACGCAAAGGUUUGCUAUGCAGACGCCUUCUGCCAAAGCACCUGCAAGACAGUACCGCACGAUUGUUCAGGCAAUAUCUUAGGACAGCUCUCGACGAGGUCCUCCUGAAGUCCGAAGCAAGAUGGCUGCCUCCGUGGUGGAGAGACUGGGCGUCUUGGGACAGCGGCUACACGGCCCUUGGAAGGCCUGGUUGCCCGGGCUGACCCAGGUCAGGUGGAGCCGAUACAGUCCCAUUUUCCGUGAGCCAGAAGUGGACAAAGAAGUAUAUCACAAACCUCCAGGACAAAUGUCAGAGGAGGAAAAAGCUGAACAGGAGCACAAAUUAGUUCAUCCCAUAAAAGCCGCUCCUGGCAAUGUCACCAGUUCUGUCUUCUAUGAUCCAUUGAUCAGCAAAUUCACUAGCAUGAUGAUGAAAGGAGGGAAUAAAAUCUUGGCACGAUCCCUCAUAAAUCAAACUUUAGAAGCCAUUAAGAGGAAACAGCUUGAAAAGUACCAUGGAGCCUCUGAGAAGGAGAAAGAAAACAUUGAGUGCAACCCUUACACCAUCUUCCAUCAGGCACUGAAAAACUGCGAACCCGUCAUUGGGCUUGUGAACGUACAGAAAGGAGGUAAAACCUACCAGGUCCCAGUCCCUCUGAAAGACAACCGGCGGUGCUUUCUAGCCAUGAAGUGGAUGAUCACUGAGUGUAGGGAACACAAACACAGGCGGACAUUUAUGCCUGAAAAGCUCUCUCAAGAGCUGCUGGAGGCGUUCAACAACCAAGGCCCAGUAAUAAAGAGAAAGCACGAGAUGCACAAGAUGGCUGAGGCUAACCGGGCCUUUGCUCACUUUCGGUGGUGUUAGAGGACACAGCAUGCUCGCAGAGGCUGCAUAUGAUGCCUGAGACUCUGCUCCAAGGCAGGGAAAGAACAUUAUUCCAUUUACCUUUCUUAACCUAUCACCAGUCUGGAAAGACUACAGCAAGCUUCUCAGCUGACUUCUCUCCCUCUAAAGAGAUUGUCCAAAAGAAAAUCUUGGAGAUUUGCUUUUAUUAUUAUUUUAAUUUUCUUCUGACUCACAUAAAGCAUAUUUGUGGUUAUUCCA